GUUUUGGUAUCUUGUCAUUUGAGUGAUUGUUGUAAAUUGUGUAAUAACCGUGGAAUUUGUCGUGAAAAAUGUUGUUAUGCGUAAAUAAAAUAUAAAAAAUAUGGGUGCUAAGGAUUCUAAAAGGAGUUGCUUGAGCUACGAUGAUGCAGUAAAACGAAUGUCCGAUGCUGAAUAUCGGCGAGUAUGCGCGACAUUCAAAAGGCUCACCAACGGCGGUCAGCUCCUGACUCGACAUGCCUUCACUCAGAACGUACUAGGCGAUGGAGUACCUCUAACCAUAGCAGAUUGGUUAUAUACAGCUUGUGGAGGAACCACUCGAGGAAUAGCACUUAGAGAUCUUAUUUGCGGAUUAGUUUUACUUACCAAGGGCACGCAAGAGGAAAAAAUCAAAUUCUUAUGGACUCUCUACUGUAACGAUUCCGCCACCCAUCUCACAAGGAGCGAAUUUAAGACUGCAUUACAAAUAGAAGGAGGUCUACCUCCGGAUAGUAAAUCGAGUAACGCAUCUGGGGACCGUACUGUCAUAUCGCUUUUCAGUAAUCAAGAUAAAGUUAGCUUCGAAGACUUUAGGGCGUGGAUCACAUAUAAAAAGGAGUCUACGAUACUAUCAAAAUGGCUUUUGUCAAAUCCAUGCGUAUCACUGAGCUCAGAACUAGAAACGCCCACUUUUUAUCAAACUUUAGCUGGAGUAACCCACUUGGAGGAACAGGAUAUUUGCGAAUUAGAAAAGUGCUUCUGGGCCCUACAGGCUUCGUCUGCUACUUCUAAUCUAGAUUUUAAUUGCUUGAAGUCUCGUGUAUGUCCGCCUGUACCUCUAAAAGCGUGUAAAGGAUUAUUUUUGGCAUUAGAUGUAAACCGUGACGAUCAUGUGGAUUUCAAGGAAUUAUGUUGCGGUAUAUCUGCGGCAUGUAGAGGACCUAUGGUCGAGAGAAUGAAAUUUUGUUUCAAAAUCUUCGACAUGGACCGAGACUGUUACCUGAACUCCGAAGAAGUUCAACACAUGACUCAAACCCUAAUAGUAGUAGCAAACGAAAACAAACUCACCUAUUUCCAACAGUUCCAACCCGAUCCUCUUCCAAAGCCCGAUUUGCUUACCGACGUUAUGUUAAGUGAAACGAAAAGGUCCGAGGCGGUGGGAAAUGGAGAUAUGCAUCGGGAAAUAUUGGCAUGUCUGCAAUCGAAGUUGGAUGAUAAGGGCGGCCUAACACAGGAAGAUUUCUUGGUAUGGAGCGUAGAGAAUAAUAGUCUGGUAGCACCCUUAUUGGAGCUGUUAUUUCAAGUGUGUCAUGUAUCUCUGGGGCUGAGGCCUCACUGUCGCCAUAACGAAUAUGAAAUUGUCAUGGGAUGGCUAGAAAGAGAACAACGUAGAGGUUACCACGUAGGUCAGUUCUGGUACCUGAUUUCAUCUGACUGGUGGAAUCAAUGGAUAAACUACACAGCAGCUCCUCGAACUAAUCUAGAUAUAUGUAAUUGCCGUAAUGAAAGUAGAUUACCGAUAGAAGAAGGAAUAGCGUGUGACGAAAGUCUCAUUAGCAAUACUACAGACUAUACAUCUACUUCUAACGAUUUUAAUUCCAAUAGUAUGGAAUCUAUGGGAGAUCUGCUGACUAGAGGGGGUGACAGGUGCAGUAUUUCUUCUAGCUCUGGAGUCUCUAGCAGUUCAGGAACAGGUCCUAAGAGGAGCAUAGGCCAACCAGGACCCAUAGACAAUUCCAGUUUAAUAGCCGAACCCAUGUGUAAGGUUCAAACACUUACAGGAGAGGGAGGCAGACUUAAACGAGAUACGCCUUUGGUACAACAUAGAGACUUUGAAUUAGUGCCUGAAUCAUUAUGGAAAGCACUAGCGAUGUGGUAUGGGGGCCCGGUGCCACUUCCUAGACAAGUUAUUUUACCGCCCGGACGAACUGAAGUAGAAUUAGAAUUAUACCCAGUAAAUUUAAAAAUCCUUCGACAUCUUGCUCAACAAAGAAUAAGCACGGCUUCGUGGAGUAGUGUUGUGGGAGGUUAUGGUGCGGCAGCAUUAAGUACUGCAGGCUUGACAUCAACAGUUAAUGCUAGUACUAGACGUUAUCUUGCUCAUACAGCAGCAUUUUCGCGACUUGCCACUGUUCAACAAGUUACUGAUUUUUUAUGUCAUCGUCUGAGCCUACGAUUGGAAGAUGCAAGACUUUGGUGGCUUAGGGAGCAUGCUGCGAGCCUACUAGAUGACGAAAACGCCACUUUGGAAGAGCUGGGAAUUAUGGAUGCGGACCAAGUACUACUUGAAGUGAGAAAUAAAGAUCAAACUUGGCCCGAAGAACUAGGACAGUUAGUGGCUGGCGGAGGACAUGAAGUUGGUCUUAGCGUUGAAAGAAGACCUACUAUUUUUCUUCCUGAAGGUGCUACCGGCCUUCACAACUUAGGCAACACUUGUUUUAUGAACGCAGCUCUUCAAGCUGUAUCGAACACCCGACCUUUAACACUUUACUUUAGAAGAGACAACCAGUUGUCAGAGUUAAACAUUACAAACCCAUCCGGUUCCAAAGGAGCUGUUGCCAGACGUUAUGCGGAGCUUUGUAGAGAAUUAUGGGCAGGAUCAACCAGAAGUGUAGCACCUUUGAAACUAAGAUACCUAGUAACCAAAUAUUCGCCGUACUUUCAAGAUGGUGGACAACAUGACUCACAGGAACUUCUUGCUUGGCUUCUGGACACGCUUCAUGAAGAUUUAAAUAGAGUGGCUGUUAAACAGUACACAGCACUGAAAGAUAGUAACGGUAGACCGGAUGAAAUCGUUGCGGAAGAGGCAUGGGAGCAACAUUUGUCUAGAGAUCACUCGAUCAUUACUGAUCUUUUUUAUGGACAAUUAAAGAGCAAGGUGACAUGUCAAACAUGUGGACAUGAAUCAGUACGAUUUGACAUUUUCAACGUUCUCAGUUUGCCUUUGCCUAUGGAAAGCUAUACACUAUGUGAAGUUUUAGUGGUGCGUUUAAAUGGAGAAUGUCCCGUAAAAUAUGGUAUGCGCCUUCAAUCAGAAGCUAAAUAUAUAGAACUCAAGGAACAUUUGUUCAACAUAUGUGGCAUCAAACCCCAAAGUCUUCUGGUAGCCGAAGUAGCUUCCAGUCAGAUUUGUAAUAUUCCCGCCGACGAUGCGAAGAUCAACCCCACUACUGCUACAGAGCUCUACGCCUAUGAGUUGCCUGAGACCAUAGAAGUGGUGCCCAAGGCAGAGAUAGAGAUCGAACCAGACGUGGAAGUGGAAAUUUGUGAUAGCCCAUUGGCAAGAAGUCCCGAGGUAAGCCAUGGUUCGGCCCUAUGCAUGCCCAACAUUCUAUGCUUCAAGAACAACAGAUCUAAACAAGGAAAUCAGGAACCUAGGAUAAGCAAUAUUUCGUAUAAAAAACCUUCAAUAUCUGUAAAUUCCAAUACAUCUACUGCCUCAGCUUCAUCAGACUCAAGCCGAAAGUGUCCUUCUUACCUUAUAGCCGUUCAUAGGAAAUGUGUCAGACAAGAAACGUAUUUUCUAUCGCAGCAGAAGAGCAAACCUAGUCUAUUCGGAAUGCCUCUCCUACUCGGAUUUAACGGAAAGAGCUCCUGCCAAAGCCUUUACGAAGAAGUGUGGAAUCAAGUGACUAGAUUGUUAAGUCCUUUACCUCAAAGCGACCAGCCCAACCACGCAACUGACUGUGAUGACUCUCUAGGCUACGAAUUCCCAUUCACGUUAAAGGCUGUUCUCCAAGGUGGACAAAUUUGCGCCAUUUGUCAUUGGACUCAAUUUUGUAGAGGAUGCAUCAUUCCCUGCUCAGAAGAACUUCUUGUAAACAUGUGUUCAUCUAGUCUAAAUAACAUGUGUAUUUCGAUUGACUGGGACCCGACUGCAUUACAUCUCAGAUAUCAGACUAGUAGAGAAAAGACCUGGUUGGAGCACGAAUCAGUAGUCACAUGUAGAAAAUUACACGCUGAACCAAUCGACCUGGAUUAUUGUCUCAGAGCUUUUACGUCAGAAGAGAGGUUGGAAACUAAGUAUCAUUGUAGUAGUUGCCAAGAUCAUCAACCAGCAACUAAAAAGAUGCAAAUUUGGAGGUUACCACCAAUACUUAUAAUACAUCUAAAACGAUUCGUUUUUGUUAACAACAAAUGGGUAAAAACUCAAAAAGUCGUCAACUUCCCCUUCAAGAAUUUUGACCCCACAUCAUAUCUGGCCUCGGUUCCACAGGAAACUAUUUUGAGGCACCGACAACUUUUAGCAAAGAAGAAUGAAGAACUGGAAAAAUCGACUGACAGCCAACCGGAAAGGAUACUCGAGGAAAACGAAGAAGGCAGCAGUGAAACAAAGUGCAACGUAGAUGAUAAGUGUAAAGGGAAGUGUGUUAAAGACGCUAACUCUCCUUUGGAAAGUUGUAAAUUGCUAAAUGAUAGUGAUAAAGGAAAGGGAAAUAAAUUAGCAGAUAGAAACAGUAAAGUGAGGGCGAGGUUAGAAUCUACUAGUUUAAUUAAAACUCCGAUUAUUGACGAGCAUUUGAAAGAUUAUCACAGGCAUCAAUUAAAGCCUGGUCAAGACGCAUUUGACUUGAAGUAUCAACUCUACGCUGCAGUGUGUCAUUCUGGAAUGCUUAAUGGUGGACAUUAUAUUUCCUACGCGUGUAAUCCCAAUGGCCAUUGGUACUGCUACAAUGACAGUUCAUGCCGAGAAGUACUUCCGGAUCCCGAAAUAAAUAGCAAUAAAUCGACGCUCUCUCUGAGCUCUAAUACCUCCAGUAAACCCUCCUCUUGCACACCUUUGGCUAAAAGAAAAAAUAUCAGAAAACUCAGUUCUGGUAGUACAGUAUCGGAAGAUCUUGAAAAGAAAGAAAGUAAUGUUAAUAUGAGUUCGACUGAAACCUUGAGUAGUUCCAGAUCGAACUCUGUGGGUUCCGUGGAUAAGUUAGGAACGAACGUGGACAGCUACAAUGAAAAAUUACUGUCGGAGUCUCCAUACAGUAGUAGAAAAUCCCUGAAUAAUUAUAAAUGUCCCUAUCGGGAUGUAAAAGUGCCCAAGAUCGACACUAGUACUGCUUAUAUUCUGUUCUACGAGAGAUCAGGAUUAGACUAUGAUCCAUAUUUACCAAAGGUCGUUCCCAAUGGCAAGGAAAUGCCUCUUGACGACCUCGAUGAAACUGACUCGGAGUUACGAAAACAAAUAUGUUCGAUCCAGUAGCGAAAGAAUUUAUGAAGCGAAGGUCUGCUAGUUCAAUAUGUUGAUUUGUUUUUUGGGUCAGCGAUUAGUUCCCAACUUGUACUAAAUAUUUUAUUUUCUGUAAAUAUUUCGUUGUCUUUAAGAAAUUAUUUAUUAUUUAUAAUAUCGUAUUCAAUACAUGUCUGGAUAGUCAUAACUAUAUGUACUUUUUGUAAAGAAAAUCUUGCAAUCAAAAUUGUCUUCUGGAUUUUUUAGUACUCUUGCGCAACAAUACACUAACGUUUUGUAUUUAAACUACCGAACUAUAAUAAUAUUCAUUUUUAAAAUGUAUUUUACUACUUAAUUUCUGCUUUUGGAAACAAAUGAGAUUUAAAAUGUUGUGAUAUUUUGUAUAAAAUUCUCAAAAAAGUAGAUUUUGUGAGUUCGGGAACUAGAUUAACUGGCCGUUUUAGUUACUUGGGUUUUAUUGUUGGUUUUAUUUGGUUUUUAUCUUAGUAAAGAGCUUUAUUAAAACUCUAAACCAUUAUUUAGACGUACCAGUGCAAAUAUUACAAAAUAUUGAGCCUUACUUAUUACAUAAAUCUUAAGUUAAAACGUAGUACACAGUAGGAGGUGUUUUAGUUAAAGACUUUGUUAACUAACUAUCUUGUUGUAUUCGAAUAACCCAAGUAUCCCAUGAUUUUCAAGUAAUUGUUUAUCCCUAAAUGUGGCUUUACAUUCCGUAUUAUAUAGCCGUUGAAUCAAAGAUCCUAGACUGUGACACCUUGGCUAAUACCUUGAUAGAGAAUGUGAGAUUUGGGAAAGUUUAAUACCGAUACAGAAUCACGAAAUAUCGAUAUACAAUAUAAUGUACAUCUGAUAUCGCGACAUCUCAGAAGUAGGAUUUGUAAUAUGAACAGUGAUUCACGUGUACCCAUGGAAUUGCGCAACCAAAUUGCAUUCUUCGCAUUUCUUGUAAAUUCUGGCAUGUAUGAUUUUAAGAAAAAUCUUAGGUGCAUGACGUAUAAGGCUAAUAGUUCGGAAAUCUUCGUACGUUUUCGCAGAUCGUUUUUUUGGUAGUGUUACAAUUGUUAACAAUAGCCAUUUCACUGGGAUAUUCCCUGGAUCGUAUAUGGCGUUAAACAGUGGCCUUACCAUUCUUAGACUGUUUUAAAGCUACUUUCACUUCGCUUUCUAGUAUUGACGACCCUGUCGUGCAAUUUAUUUCUGGAAGGUUACCUCGGUAGUCUCAGAAAAGUUCUUCGAUGUACAUUUUCCAGGUUACCAACUUCUCCUUAACUGUCGUUGCCAGGUUCCCGUCUUUGUUUAUGAGGAAGUGUGUGUGUUUCUCCUCUUGGCUUCUCGAAUCUUUCGGUGGAUAUUUAUAUGAUCGUGUUUCACUUGGAGCUCUUCGAUUUAUUUUCCUUUUUCUUGCAUCCAUGUCUCUUUGGCUCUUCGUAUUUCUUUUUUGUUUGGUUGAUUUCUUGGUAUUUCUUCGCGUCCCUGUUUUUUACUAAUUUCCUUUAGUUCAUCAUCUGCAGAAUGUUAUCAGUCAUGUAUUCUCUAUUUUUUACUUUGUUUUCUUUCCCAGAUGUUCUUUUCCCGCAUUUAGCAUGACGCCUUUGAUAUAACCCCAUUUUUGUUCUACACCUUGUUCUUGUUGUUUAGUGGUUUCUAGUUUUUCUCGGGGCCUUCGAGAGUGUCAUAAUCCAGGUUCUGUUCAGGUUUACUUUUCAUAAGUUUCUUUAGUUUGAGUGGUAUCUGGCCCACUAAUGGGUUGUGGUCCGGUGAAAAGUCUGCUUCUGGGAAGGUCUUCGUCGAAGUUAAGCUGUUCUUGAGUCUUUUGUUAAUGAAAAUAAAGUCCUAUCUAGUUUUUGAUGAUAUUGUUGGCUGAAUCUGCAGGUGACUUCCACGUAUAAAAUUGUCUCGGGGGAAGUCUAAACCAGGUGUUAGCAAUGGUAAAAUCUUCUUCCUGGCAAAAUUGAAUAAGUCGGUUUCCCCUUUCGUUUUUACGAUAUCUUCUAUUCUGCUUUUGCUAACUUUGGCAUUAAAAUCACCCAUUAUGAUGGUUUUUCUUGAUAUGUUUUAGUGCUUUUUGUACAAGUACAUAGAACUCCUCAAUAUACUCUUCUGGCUUUUCUGAUGUUGGAGCGUAAAUUUGAAUGAUGUUCGUAUUAACGGGUCUGCUUUGCAGCUUCAUCAGAAUGACGCUAUCAGAGAGAGGUAGCACGCUGAUCACAGCCUCAGCGACCAUUUUGCUCACAAGCACUGCUACGCCAUUCUAGUGAUGUGUUUUAUCGUUUACCGAAUAAUAUACUAUAUACUCAUCCACCCAGCACUGUCCCGAGCCUUGCCAUCUGAUCUCGCUGAUUUUCAUCAUGUCAAUAUUGAGUCUUCUCAUUUCUUGAAUGGUGGUGUGUAUUUCCUCCCUUCAAACGUACUUCGAACAUUCCAAGUACAGAUUUUUUGAACGUUCCACGUGCACACUCUAUUAGUGUUUAAAUAUUGGUAAGGAUUUCGUGGGUUGACGACCUGAGAAGCCUUACGUUUUCGUGUUCCUCCUCCCCUGCCGGAUCUUGGUAACUGAAGUCCAUGAUCAGUACCUUCUCCAAAUUGAUUUACAUUAACCAUGAUGAAUGAACUAGGGACUAUUUAUAGGGUGGUUUCUCGUUGCCUUCCCCAUCGCAGUGUCACAGCCGUUUGACUCAUAAUGUGAGUGACGCCUGUGAGUAUCUAGAAUUAAAGAAUUAAUCCUACAGGAUUUUUUUUUUACGUUCCCACAGCCUUAAUCCAGUAGUGACAUUACUGCUGCCUAAUGCCAUGUCCUCAGUUGAUCCGCCGGUACUUAUUUGACUAUGCCUUAUUCGUACCUGUUCUGCAUAUCUGCAACAACUUUCCCUAUCAACCAUCGGGACGCGCCUUGUCGGGGUUGAGGACUUCCCCGCCUAGUAUGCCUUACGCAAAGUACUGAAGGGCCCUUCCUCCACGCAAGUUGAUACCAGCACGAUCUAUUACUUUUUUUAGUAAUACUUGACAUUUUUUCAAUUGUACCUGUUUGAUUUAUCGUUUUUAUAGUUUUUUCGCAUUUACGGUAUAAUAUAUUGUAUAUUUUUUACUGCAUUUAAUUUAGAAAGAAUACAUAAAGAUCACCAUAAUUAACAUUUGCUGUACCUACUAAUUUAAACUUGCUCACUUGAUGAACAGAGUAUCCUAAGUAUUUACUGAGUUUUAUUACCGGGUAAUAUGUCAGUUUCCUUCCGGAUAUUCUACAUCGAGAUUAUAAUCAACACAUGUUUUAAAAGCGCUAAAUAUGUUCAAUUAUUUUUAAUAUUUAUCGACAUAAAUAAUGAAGUAGUAAUAGUUUUCAGUUUGGUAAAGCUCUUUUCUAUUUUGUUACAUUUCUUAGAUUUAAAAUGAACUGUUAGUUAUUUUUAUACGUGCCACAAAAGUGGAAUUAUCCUUUUAGUUUAGUAUGAUUAAUUUAGAAAAGGUUUUAGUGUUAAGCCUGACCGAUCGAAAAUAUUAAAAAUAUAAUAACCUCCGAAAUUAUAAAUACAAACAAAUAAAAGGCAUACUUCAAACGAUACGCAGACUUUUACUUCGAGCAAUAUAUAAAAACAUGUGCAGUGAUUUUCUUCAAUGCUCUUCUUUUUUUUUCUUUUCGAAAUCAGUACUUCCUAUUUCCAUUUGUACAGCCACCCACCAUUUUAUGUUAUAAAUUUAAUACCAACUUUACAACGUCUUAUUGGGUACCACUAAUACUUUAUUAUGAUCUGAAUAUAAUGCAAGCAAUAAAGUUUUAAUUUUUUAUUACUUCUUUGUUUAACACAUAUUGUACUUAACCCUUUCAGUCACCCUACAAGAAAUAAUACAAGUGAAAAUCUGAAACUUUUCAGCUUUUUUCUAUGAUUUUUUUUAAAGAUUUGAAAUCAUAGAAUUUGGCUAUAGCCCUUUUGGUUUUUAGUUUAUUGAAUGUCCUUCUAAGUGGACAAAGUUACUUUAGGUUGUCACCGUAAAGCCUCGAGAAAAAGUUAAAAACUGAAGUAUCUUAAACUAUCACAAAAAUAAAUACAAAAUUGUAUUAUUUGUUAUGAUAUAUUCGAAAGCGAAAUUUACUGACACAGUAAAAGAUUUUUUGGAGUAUAUAUUCAUCAUGCCUAAUCUCCGUGGAAGGAUGGGAUUCACUUCGGAUUUCAACGUAUUGAACGCUACAUUCAUUUCCGUUCUGUAUGCUGUAUCAAAUAUUCUGCAACAGUUUGUCAAAAUUUCCAGAGAUUUUCCACUGAAAUUAUCCACUGUCAUGUCAAUGGCAUGUGUAAUCUAACGAACCAUUUUCCGUGCUCCAACUCCCCCAUGCUUUGGUUAAAAAAAUCUAACAGCUUCAGGUUGGAAUACAUUAAUAUACUGUUUUUUUUUGUCAUCUUUGGCAAUUGCCCAGUUGUCCUAUACCAACAAAGUUAGAUGCAAAAAUCACUGGUUGAUUAUCAAACUAUUUCGUGAUAACCACUCCGUCUUUACUUUCAACUUUAUCACAAGUACCUCUUCCCUCUUUUUUCAUGUAUUUGUCGGUUUUUAUUGGAGUUUUAGCAACUCUGCCAACAGCGAAAAUAUUUUUGAAUUAAGAAACUGGAAGAUAAUAUAUGUACUAAAAUAAUUAUUGACGUACAGUCCAUGUUUUUUUUUUCUGUGUCUCUCUCAGCUAUCUGCAUUAUUGUUGCAGUUCCCGUACUAAACGUUCCCCACUUAUCUUGGUAUUUGCUCCUUGGUAAAUUAUAAAGUCAUACCAGACAUAACAAAUAUUUUUAUUCGUUUCACAACUUGUGUCAUGAAGUACGUUUGUCCUUUCUGGAGGACGUCAUUGUUUACAAAAAUAUACAAAGUUUACGAGAACACUAAGUGUAUAUUUAAAUAAACAAGCAUAACUGAUUCAGUUUCUACUUACAAUAAAACCAAUUUUAUAUAUAUUUCAGUUUUUAAUUUUACUUGUAAAUACAUCAAUCACAAAUUUGCACGUUUUUGGAGGACAUUUCGCGCAAAACUGAAGUAAUUAACUUUGUCAUUGGUAUUGUGUUUGCUCAUAGGUAACACCAUCAUUCGUUAAUAAGUAAAUACACUGUCCUUUUACAGGAAACAUGUGAUUUCGGAGGAUUAAAUGCCACUAUUCGGCAAUAUGAUGCUUAAUAACCUGUGUCCUCGUAGGAGGACGCUGUAACUGAAAGGGUUAACGACGUAUUAUCAUUAUUAUUUGCGGUCUAAAUAAUCCAACCAACAGUUUUUCUAGUCUAAAUAUCGAUCAAUUUUAGUGUGUAUCAAUUAUUUGAUUAGAAAAUACAUAUUCAAAUGAUUUGAUGUUAAACUGUGUUUGUUUAAUGAAGAUUAUUUCAGUUAAAGAUUAAAUUUUUAGCUUGC